AUGGCUACCUUCGAAACACAUCCAUUGCCAUCACAUCUGGACCUGUUUUACAAUGGGAAGUGGAACAAACCUCUGAAUGGAACCUACGAGGAGACAUUCAACCCAGCCACUGGUCGGCCUAUAAUCAAAGUAGCUGUCGCCGGAGCAGAAGAUGUCGAUGCCGCUGUUGCUGCAGCACAUGAAGCUUUCCACAAGUGGCGAUCAACACCCCCAGCUGAAAGAGCACAAUACAUGCGAAGGGCAGCUGGGUUGCUCCGGGAACAUGCCGAAGAACUGGCUUACAUUGAUUCCUUGAAUACGGGAAACCCUUUCGGCAAGAUGCUGAGCGAUGCUCUAGUCGGGGCCACCUCUCUGGACUACUUUGCGGGGCUUAUACCCAUGCUGAAAGGCGAUACCAUUCCCCAAUCGGAUGACACUUUCCACUACACCAUUAGAGAAUCACUGGGAGUCGUAGGGCGAAUCAUGGCUUUCAAUCAUCCCAUCCAGUUCACAGGCUCCAAGAUUUCUGCACCGCUAGCUGCGGGUAACACCGUCGUCGUAAAGACUCCUGACCAGGCGCCUUUGUCCUGCCUCCGCCUGGCCGAGCUUUUGGGACCUAUAUUUCCUCCAGGCGUGCUCAACAUCCUUCCAGGCAAGACAGAGUGUGGAAAGGCCCUCACUGUACACCCCUUGGUCAAAAAAAUAACUCUCAUCGGCAGCGUUCCCACAGGCAAAGCCAUACAACAAGCUGCAGCAGCGACACUCAAACCUACUCUUCUGGAGCUUGGGGGCAAGAAUGCACUCCUCGCAUUCCCAGAUGCAGAUGUAGAAGAUCUCGCAGAGGGAGUGGCGCGUGGGAUGAAUUUUACGUGGGCAGGCCAGUCUUGCGGGUCCACCUCGCGAGUUUUCCUACACGAGUCGCACUACGAAACGGUGAUUGCAAAAGUGAAAGACUUCAUUGAAAAAGAAUUCCGACCGGGUGUACCAACUGAUGCAGCGACCACCAUGGGUCCUGUAAUCAGUUCAGCAGCAAAAGAACGGGUCCUGUCGUACAUUGACUCCGCCAAGUCAGAGGGAGCACGACUCGUUACAGGGGGUAAGGCUGGAACAAACCUCCCUGGGUUAGAGAACGGCUACUGGAUUGAGCCCACAGUAUUUGCAGAUGUUCAACCACAUAUGCGCAUUGCGAGGGAAGAGAUCUUUGGGCCGGUCAUGUCUAUUUUUAAGUGGAAUGAUGAGAGGGAGCUCAUUAGGAAUGUGAACAAUACUAGCUACGGCUUGACGGCCUCUGUAUUCACUAGGGACAUCUCCAGAGCGACGCGGGUUGUUAGACAAAUUGAGGCUGGCUACAUCUGGAUAAACCAAGUCUCAAAACACUUUAUUGGUGUUCCGUUCGGCGGUGCGAAAGAAUCUGGAGUAGGAAAGGAAGAAUGCCUGGAGGAAUUGUUGUCUUUUACAGAAAUCAAGAGCAUUAAUGUCUUGUUAUGA